AUGCGCCCGAGAAUCAACUCGGCCAUUUUCGUGUCCAACAGCGGUCCAGGCCUGGACACCAGGGAGUUCUUCCGCAGGCACGGCAGCGUCUCCAGGCUGUGUCGCAAAGCGCGCAGCGUGGACAACAUCUCCUUGGAGGAGAAACACUUCGGGCUGCCGCAGCUGUCAAUUUCGGGACCGUCGCCUCCGGAAGAUGAAGAAAAAGAGCUGGACAGGGAAAUCUCGGAGACGGAAACGUUGAUGAGGCAAGAAUGA